AAUAAAGUCGUCCUCCGGUCCUGCCGGCUUCGGUGGAUCGGACGGUCGGAGGUGGAGCAUCGGAGGGUCGUGCCUUCCUCGUAACAAACCCGGCCUACGGGAACCGUUUCUGCCCGGACCAUUGGAAGAUUCGGAAUUGAACAGUUCUUUUUCUUUAAGAAUUCUGCAUAUCUAUACAACCCGUAACUGAGCAACCAGGAUCUGGAAAAACUCUCCAAACACUAACCACCAAUUCUGCGUCUGGCGAGUCCCCCAAACGCCACUAAUUCCACAUUUGGUGAAAGUCCCAAAGCACCAAUUGUCAGAUUGGCUGUCUUAGGAUAUCGAUAUAACCUCUAUUUUCCCCCACUCGAAGGCCAAACCUACAUUCACAUCGAGUCUUGCGCCUGCACUACUCAAAAUGUCGGCCGCGCAAGAUGUGGAGGCGGCGGCAGGUUCGACGCCCACCACAGAUGGGGAGGUAGAGUCAGGCCAAGCAAGAGAUCCCAAUGAUUCGGAAAAGGCGAUUGUUCCCGAGAAAGACCCGUACACAGUGGACUGGAACGGCCCCGAUGACCCUGGAAACCCGCGAAAUUGGAAGAAGUCCUUCAGAAUACUUCAAAUCAUUCUGAUCAGCUAUUUCACCCUGAACAUGAACUUGGCAGCGACCAUGUUCUCCCCCGGCGUCCCGCAGCUGGUCGAAGAGUUUCAUGUCACCAACUCCUACAUUGAGACCAUGUCACUCACGAUAUACGUCUUGGGUUUCGCCACCGGAAUUAUCAUUGCCCCGCUGUCUGAGCUGUACGGCCGUCUGCCUCUUUAUCAUCUUUCGAACACCGUCUGGCUGGGCUUCACCCUCGGUUGUGCGUUCAGCACCAACAUUGCCAUGUUCUUGGUCUUCCGCUUCCUCGCCGGCUGUGCGGGUUCCGUACCCAUGACGUGCGGUGGUGGUACAAUUGCUGAUUUAAUCCCCCCAGAGCAUCGAGGAAAGUUUAUGGGAAUUUGGGGCCUCGGGCCUCUGAUCGGUCCAGUCAUCGGCCCUAUAAUUGGAGGUUUUAUGUCUCAGUCCAUUGGCUGGCGCUGGACCUUUCGAUUACUUGCUAUGCUAGGAGGCGUUGGCUUGAUCUUGGGCGUGGUCAUCUUGCGCGAAACCAGCGAGGCAAUCCUACUCAAACACAAAGCAGCGCGCCUCCGAAAAGAGACGGGUAAUGACGCCUACCAAGUCGCAGCCCGCGUCAACAAGGUCGGCAACAUGACACCGGGCCAAAUGCUUGUCCGCGCCCUCUUACGCCCGAGCAAAAUGCUUCUGUUCUCGCCUAUCGUGCUGUUACUCUCGCUCUACUGUGGUUUCGUCUUCGGUCUCAUCUUCUUCCUCUUCGACUCAUUCCCUCAGCUCUUUGGGGGCACCUACGGCUUCUCCCCCGGCCUCUCGGGUCUCGCAUACCUCGGCCUCGGCAUCGGCAUGCUAUCAAGCCUGAUUCUCUUUACCGUGCUUAGCGACAAGCAAAUGAAGCAGACUGAUGGCGUCUCGCGCCCCGAGAUACGCCUCAAGCUUAUGAUGUGGUUCUCGCCCGUUAUCUCGGCUGGCUUCUUCUGGUACGGCUGGUCUGCUGAGGCGCGCACACAUUGGAUUGUCCCCAUACUCGGAACGCUUUUCAUUGGCUUCGGUUCCUUCUUCGUCAUCCUCGUCACUCAAGUCUACUUGGUCGACGUCUUUGAUGCCAAGGCGGCCGCGUCGGCGCUCAGUGCUGCCCUCGUAAUGCGGAACCUCUUCGGCACGUUCCUGCCCUUCAGCGCUACCCCGCUGUAUGAUUCGCUUGGAUUGGGUUGGGGGAAUAGCCUACUGGGGUUCGUGUGUGUCGCCUUUGCACCCGUCCCAUUCCUCUUCUUCCGCUAUGGUGAGGCACUGAGGAAGCGAUUCCCGGUUGACUUGUAGAGAGUAGAGGGACCGUAUUGACUGUAGACGACGAGCUACGGUUUCUUCGGGGGGCGACGGCAUGAAAAUGGGCUAGAUAAUCUACAUAAGCCCUGGAGCUAAAGAGAUGUCUCCUGUUCGGGGGGAUAAAAUCUCAUCUGUGAAUAUUGACGUACCAAGGCUGCAUCCUGGGAGAUAUAAUCCCAAUGAAGCAUCAGCCUUGUAGUUUAGCUAUGUAUAGAAUGGAUGAAACCAAAAGACUAC